AAUCAAAAACCGAGUCCCCACCCGCUCCGAUUUCCCUCAUUUUCCACCAUUUCCUAAAUCCUAACCUUCCUUCUUGCCUGCCUGGAUUCCAUCAUUCUCCUCUCCUCUUCCCUUCCCCCAGAACUUUCUAGAAACCACCCUCUUCUUCUAUACUUCCUACACUAGAUUCCUUUCAUUUGUUUUUUGGCCGACAGGUCUGAAGAAACAUUUUUUUUCUUUUUCUUUUUACGGUUUGGAUCUGAAGCAAGCGGACGUUAUGGGUCCGUCUCCGGUUGAGCAAAGCGGUGAGACGACGGCGGGUGAGUCUCAGAGAUCUAUUCCGACGCCGUUUUUGACCAAAACGUAUCAGCUCGUGGAUGAUCCGGACGUUGACAAUUUGAUUUCGUGGAAUGAAGAUGGAACUGCAUUUAUUGUGUGGAAACCAGCGGAGUUCGCAACGGAGUUGCUUCCUAAAUACUUCAAGCACAAUAAUUUCUCUAGCUUCGUUCGACAGCUCAACACUUAUGGAUUCAGAAAAGUGGUGCCCGAUCGGUGGGAAUUUGCAAACGACUCCUUCCGCAGAGGUGAGAAACGACUUCUGCGUGAUAUUCAACGCCGGAAAAUGUCAGCAGCCGCGAAUUCGACACCGAUUCUUCCAAAUGCACAGGUGGUGACGCUCGCAGUGGCAUCGGCUCUGAAAGCCGUUUCUCCAACGAAUUCCGCAGACGAGCAAGUUUUGUCGUCCAACUCGUCGCCGGCCGCCACUGCCACCGCCGUGGUAUUACGUCCUACAACGUACACGACGACGCCGGAAAUUUUGGAGGAGAAUGACAGGUUGAGAAAAGAGAACGCGCAGCUGACUCAGGAAUUGAAUCGGUUGAGAGGUUUGUGUAAGAACGUAUGCAACUUGAUGUCCAAUUACGCCGUGGAAACGCCAACCGGUUCGCCGGAAGGACAGGUAUUAGAUUUGCUCCCAGGGCGGCAGGAUUCGGAGGAGCGCGAAUGCAGCGGCGCCGAAGCGGAAGGAGGCCACGGCGUUACUACGACAACACUAAGCCCGAGGCUGUUCGGCGUCUCGAUUGGCGCCAAGCGCAGUUCGGCGUCUCGAUUGGCGCCAAGCGCAUAAGGACAACAAGCGAGGACGAUGAAAGACAGCCGGUGAAAUGUGAGCCGCCGGAUUCUUCGUCAGACUUGACAAAGUGUGAAAUCUGGGAAAAAAGAAGAUUGCAAGACUAAUUGAGAUGUGAUCUAUCCUGUUGAGUAUUAGAGAUCCACUUUGAACCCCUCCCGCGCGGUGGCUCCGCCCUUUCUCAUGGCCUAGCCACCGUGACAGAUCUGUAAUUUCUGAGUUUAUCUUACUCUCCCUUGUAUUAAAAAUAAAAAAGUUGUGGCAAUACUGAUUUUGUAAACAGAGAUUCAUUGA